AUGCCUCUUACAAUCAAGCCACCACCUGGCACACCAGGCAAAGCAUGGCCGGCCAUUGCUGUUGGUUUGUUCGUCGCCUUUGGCGGCGUUCUUUAUGGAUAUGAUACUGGAACAAUUGGUGGAAUUCUGGCGAUGCCAUACUGGGUCGAGACAUUCGCGACCAACACCGACGGCCCAAAGGCAAUCACAUCUGAUCAGAAGUCCACAAUCGUCUCCCUCCUCUCAGCUGGAACUUUCUUCGGUGCCUUGACUGCCGCACCUACUGGUGACUUCUUCGGCCGCAGACUCGGUCUUAKGGUUUCCACUCUCGUUUUCACCUUUGGCGUUAUUCUCCAGACCGCAGCCACCAGGAUCCCGUUGUUUGUUGCUGGUCGUUUCUUCGCCGGAUACGGAGUCGGCAUGAUCAGUGCUCUCAUUCCUCUGUACCAAUCCGAAACUGCACCCAAGUGGAUUCGUGGAACCAUCGUCGGUACCUACCAGCUAGCCAUCACGAUCGGCUUGCUCCUGGCUGCCAUCGUUGACAAUGCAACCAAGAACUUUAACGAUACAGGAAGUUACCGCAUCCCGAUCGCUGUCCAGUUCGCAUGGGCUCUGAUCCUGUUCUUUGGAAUGAUGGUCUUGCCCGAGACACCCCGUAUGUACAUCAAGCGUGGACAGCCCGAGAACGCUGCAAAGGCACUUGCGAAGCUCCGUAGACUCAGCCCCGACGACCCUGCAUUGGUGGAGGAACUUUCAGAAGUCCAAGCCAACCACGAGUAUGAGAUGAGUCUGGGCAAGGCGUCGUAUCUUGACUGCUUCAGGGGAACUCUGGGCAAACGACUUGCUACUGGAUGUCUGGUACAGUCCCUACAACAGCUCACUGGUGUCAACUUCAUCUUCUACUAUGGCACCUCGUUCUUCAAACAAGCGGGGUUCAAGAACGAGUUUGUCAUCAGCAUGAUCACCUCGUCUGUGAACGUCGCUAGCACAUUCCCUGGGCUUUACAUGGUUGAAACCUGGGGUAGACGCAACCUACUCCUUUUCGGAGCCAUUGGAAUGGCCGUCAGUCAGUUCAUCGUUGCCGGCGUUGGUACUGGCGCGGGUGCCGACAACCAGGCCGCUCAGAACGCCUCGAUCGCCUUCGUGUGCAUUUACAUCUUCUUCUUCGCCUGCUCAUGGGGACCUUGCGCCUGGGUCGUUACUGGCGAGCUUUUCCCACUGAAAGUCCGCGCCAAGUCUCUCUCCAUGACCACCGCUUCCAACUGGCUGCUCAACUGGGCCAUCGCAUACGCAACUCCAUACCUCGUCGACAAGGGCCCAGGAAACGCGGCUCUCGGCGCCAAAGUCUUCUUCAUCUGGGGAGGCUUCUGCUUCGUCUGCAUCUUCUUCGUGUAUAGCAUGAUUUACGAGACCAAGGGUCUAUCCCUCGAGCAGGUCGAUGAGCUCUACGGAAAGGUUGACAAGGCAUGGAAGAGCCCAGGCUGGGUGCCAACGGUUUCCUUCCAGGAAGUGAAGGAUGUUGGCGGUGAUUUCCGCAACACCAGCCUCGGAGAUAUUGAGAACAACGUUAUGAGGAAGAAGUCGGUCGGUCAUGAGGAGACUAUUUCUGAGAAGAUAUAA